AUGGACCAUGAACUAUUGACAACAACAUUAGCAACUUCAAACGUAACAACAGUCUUAACGAAUUUAAACCGGACAGAUGUAGACAAUUUCCAGUUUCCUGAAGAUGAAGUCCCUAAACCUCCAUUGCUUGUUGUGAAACCGUUUUACUGUCACUCACUCCCAGGCCAAUUUAUUCUAAAAUGUUAUCGUCGUGAGAUACACUUUACUUGGAUUCCCCCAGACACUAAAAUCGCUAAAGCUAUGGUUAAAUUUCGUGAGUUUCACCAACCAAAAUUUACAACUAUGUCCGAUUAUGGAUGGGGACAUUCAGGAGUUAAAUAUCGCAAUCAUACGAUUACUUCACUCAAACCUAACCGGUUAUACGAAUUUGGAUUAAAUUUGAUAUAUGAAAACAGUACAUUUGAUCGAUUCCCAAAGAUUGGAUCAAAAGAUAUAUGCGCUUGUAAAACGUACCCUGAUGUUCCUGAUGCCCCAUUGGAUCUACGAUAUCACUAUAUGCAAGGUAAUCAAUACACUCUCGAAUGGACACCGAAUGAUGAUAAUGGUGAACCGAUUAUUACAUACAAUAUGAAGUCUAUGCCGAUUGUCUCAAGUAAUUCAGAACAACCAAAAUGGGAUUCAAUUACACCACAUAAUUUAACAGAUAAACAAGCUAAUAUCACAUUGGAUACGAAUCACCAAAGUGCAUUUCAGUUGAGGGCUGUCAAUAAGAUUGGAAUGAGUGAUCCAGCUUACUUGAUCAUAAGACCACCAUUUCAGAAAGUUCCAGAUAAGUCUAUAUUUUGUUUAGCUAAAUUUUUUGAAUGUUAA